AUGGAGAGCUUUGGUGCUAUCUAUGGUAUGGCUGCGGAUGAGUUUAAAGACUGUGAGCGCAGAGCACUACUAAAGCUAUUCUGGCAUAGGGAAGAGCCAUCUCCUCCAGGACCUCCACCACCUACCUUCCUCUGGUUUAUGCAUGCUGGGAUGGAGACUGAAGUGAAAACCAAGCUAAUGUCAGCUGCUCAUCUCGCGAGAUUGAAUGGGUUAACUCGUUGUAGGCUUGUAGCUGUUGCUGAGCCUGAAUGGCUGGUGGGGUAUUGUUGUUGUUGCAACUUGCACCUGACCAUGUAG